AUGCCAGGAAUAAUAUCCCCAGUCAUUUUCGCAGAUAUCAUAGAUCUCACGGCAACAGACCACCAAUUAGAAGGUAUUAUGGACAAAUUGGCCAACACAUUUGAAAAAUCAUUCCUAAAAAUUAACACCGAGAAAACAGAAUACACCAUAGUGAGACGAUGUGAACAACGACACGAGGAAAAAUGGAGGCAUACAAAGAAACUUGGCAUGCUCUUAGGAGAUAAAGAAGACAUGAUACGAAGAAAAUCAUUAGCAACUUUCGCGCUUAAAAGAUUAAACAACGUAUGGUUGAAAGGUAAACAAAUUUCUGCGUCUUUGAAAAUCAAACUAUACAAUAUGUUCGUAAAACCAGUCUUAUUGUACAACUUCUCUUGGGCACUCACAGUGCACGAAAUGGAAAAUAUGAAUUCCUUCCAUAGAAUGCAGCUGAAAUACAUCCUAAGAAUCUUUUCGCCUAACUCCAAUUACAAUGUACAUCCUUUGGACGAAGAAAUAAGAAGUAAUAGAUUGGCCUUAUUCGAUAACAUUUUAAGAAUGGACAGGAAAACUCCCGCAAAUCUCGCAAUGGAGCACCACUACGCUCCUCAUCCGGUAACGACCACGAAUUACUCUAGCAACCCUUCUGCAUCAAGACCUAACUCUGAUUGGAAAAAGGUUGAAAUCAGCAGACGAUCUCAAGUACCUGAGGGAACUAUCGAGGAACUAUGGAAAUAUGGAGGGACUUGGAAGCGAUUAACAAAACGCAUCCAGGAGAGGGUGGCACAAGCGAGAUAA